CGCUUUCACAGCUCCCCAGCAGCAGAGGUCGCUGCAGGGAGCUGAUCUGAAUGAGUCACGUGUGAGGGUGUCAUGGCGGCGCCCAGUGGUAACACAUCCCUGUCAGCAGCUAUGACCCACGGCAAUGUGCUCUCGCCAUCGCCGGCCGCCGGGGACGGCACUCUGCAGUAUAGCCUAAUACUGGACCACUUAGUUGGGGAUAAGAGAAGACCUAAAGAUGUGAUUCCCGGGGGUUUAGGGGGGAUCCCCACACCCUUGAAAUCCGAGGAGCAUAAGAUGAUGGAGCGGGUGAUGGAGAGCUGCGGCUUCAAGGCUGCCCUGGCGUGUGUUGGGGGUUUUGUCCUUGGUGGAGCGUUUGGUGUGUUUACUGCUGGUAUUGACACAAAUGUAGGUUUUGAUCCUAAAGAUCCUUUUCGCACUCCUACUGCUAAAGAAGUGUUGAAAGAUAUGGGUCAGAGAGGAAUGUCCUAUGCCAAGAAUUUUGCCAUUGUAGGGGCAAUGUUCUCCUGCACAGAAUGUCUAGUGGAGUCAUAUCGAGGAAAAUCCGACUGGAAGAACAGUGUGAUAAGUGGAUGUAUUACAGGGGGUGCCAUCGGCUUCAGAGCUGGCCUCAAAGCUGGAACGCUUGGCUGCGGAGGAUUUGCUGCUUUCUCGGCUGUCAUAGACUAUUACUUGCGGUAGCAGCUCUCCACUGCCAGGUGGCGCUGCUUCUCCAUGGACAUUUUAUGGAAUAGAAAUGUUUUUCUUGACCGAUGAAGACCUCUACACCGAAGACGUCUCAAUAAGUGCUCUGAUUAAGGGAUAUCCUGGUAAAUAUUCCUUUAAAUAACAACAGUUAACUUGGAUAUGGACAGAAAUGGAGAAUCACUCAUUUAAGAUUGUUGGGCUGUAGCUGAUAACAAUUGAUAGGAAUUGAAUUAUACCCUUGUAAUAAUAAUUGGUUUGGACUUUUAAUUUGUUGCAAUAAUAUUGCUUUACAAAAAAGAGUUAUUUAAUCAUCUCUGUUAUGAUUCCAUUCUACAGCACAAUUUGUAACAGAUAGUGCAGAAAGACCUUACUCAGAUAUAAAAGUCACAUCACACAAUUAAUGUGUUUUCUCUUUGCUUAGUUGUGUUGGAUCUAGUACAAAUCGGCCUGUUUAAAAACAUAUUGGGUGCAUUGACCAUGCAUCUUUUUUUUUUGUUUUAAUUUAUUUUUCUUGUUGCUAUGCAUAUUGUUAAAAUAAAAUAACUUCCUGGUCAA